AUGGAAGAGACUAAUUUAGGUGAAGGCACUAAGAAAACCCAUUAUGUCACAGAAAUCGCCAGUGAAUCGUUAGAAGAUCUAGAGGAAAACGUCACGUCGGUAGUCUUGAAUAAUGAAGUACCUCAAGGAAGACAUCUUGGAUUAUUUUCAACGGUCAACCUCUUUGUCUCUAGAAUUAUAGGAGGUGGGAUUUACGCUGUUCCGAGCAGUGUAUUUAUCAACUGCGGUGGGAAUAUCCCUUUGUUCUUAUCAGUAUGGAUCAUCGCUGCAAUAAUAGCGUUCAUUGGAAUGUCAAUAUUUUUGGAGCUAGGUGCUGCACUGCCUAGAAGUGGAGGGCGCAAGAACUUUCUCGAAGUCAUGUUUAAUAGGCCUUGGAUGAUGACUACUGUUAUGCUCUGCAGCUUCUCCAUCUUGACAUGUUUUGCCAUCUCUCCAGCCAUAAUUCUCGGGAAAUACAUUUUAUACGCUCUGGGAUAUGAUGCACACUUCGUCAAUGAAGAGUCAUAUGCUUCGAACUAUAUCGCAAUAAUAUCUGUGAUCGUCAUAGUUUUAAUGCACGGACUCUCCCUCAAUCAUGGGAUUCUUAUUCAAAAUUUCCUAGGAAUAAUAAAGUUUGUGAUCAUAUUGAUAAUGUGUGGCACAGGGACUUACGUUAUUUUAUUUUAUGAAAAUGGGAAUAUUGGAACCGGUGUUUCCUCCGUUAAUACUUUGAAUUACUUUGGCUUUGAAUCUACAGUUUCUACAGCAUCGAUAGCUACUGCUUUUAUUCAGUGCUUUUAUUGUUUUGCCGGGUGGGACACUGUACAUAAUGUUACAUCGGAAAUCAAAAAUCCAACUCGAACUUUGAAGUUGGCUGGCCCGCUUUCUCUUUUGAUUGCUCUAAUUUGCUACCUCUUAUUAAAUAUAGCAUACGUGAAAGUUUUAAGUUACGACGAAAUCCAAACUGCAGGCCCGUUGAUCGGUUCUGUAUUAUUUACUAAACUUUUAGGAGAAAGCAUCGGAGGGAAGUUUAUUAUAAUUUCUAUCAUACUUUCGGCAGGAUCGAACUUAUUCGUUACAAUAUAUGGUGUUUCAAGAAUGAAUCAAGAAGUAUUCAGAGAAGGAUUAUUCCCCUUCUCUACUGCACUAGCUAGGAACUGGCCAUUUACUGCCCCGUUACCAUCAUUAGUUGUUUGUGGGUUUGUUAGUUGUUUCUGGCUAAGCAUUAUUCCAAAUACUGGACCAGCGUUUGAUUAUGUUGUUAGUUUCGAAGGAUAUGGAAAUCAGAUUAUAUUAUUAUUUGUGGCUAUCGGAUUGCUAUUUAGAAAGAAGUGCUUGCAAUCACAUGACAGUACAGUAGUUGCACCAAAAAUCGGAAUAGUUAUUUUUGUUAUCUUUUCGUUUUACUUAAGCAUAGCACCAUUCAUCGGUAAGCAAGCUGAAAAUUCAUUGACUAGUUUACCACCAUACCCAAUAUCUGCUCUUCUUCUUUUCCUUCUUUCCUUUCUUUACUGGCUUUUUACUUUCAAGGUGUUUCCAUUUGUGUUUGGCUACACUCUAAAGAAAAAAGUGGUAAUUCAAGAGGAUGGUUUAGAAGUCUUCCAAUGGUCAAAGAAAAAAUACAUCUAA